AUGUCUAGGAGACUUGAAGACAGCAACGAUUUGUUCGACGGCAAGCGCAAACGCGCUCGGGAAGAUGACCACGAGGACCUGGUAGAUGUUGCCCAUGAAGCUCGUAGCAAACGUAAGAAUGUUAGAUUCAGUGACCAGGACGAUGCCUUCAAACCGUCAAAGAAAGAUGCUCCACGUGCUUGGGACGACACUCAGGACGAUGACGAUGAUGAAGAUGACGAUGAACUUGAAGCAAAACGGAAACGAAAAGGCCAAGUCAAUCUCGAGUUCUCAGACGACGAGGAAGAAGACGUCAACUCCAAAGAAGCAGCACCUGCUGACGACCAAGACAUGUUUGCCGCCGAGACUCCUGCCGACAAAAAGCAGGAUACACAGCCAAAGAAGAAGGGCGUCAUUACAUACAUGGCCCCUACCCAAAUCGAAGGCCAAGAAUGGGAUGCUGAAGCUGAAGAGUUUGAUGAAGAAGGAACCAAAAUGGAGCCAUUCAAUAUGGAUCAGGAGCUGGAAGAAGGUGGAUUUGACGAAUCGGGUCAUUACAUUGCAAAACAGGACGAUCAAGCUAUACACGACAAUUGGCUUCAAGGCGUGACUAAAAACCAAAUGCUGCUAGCUAAAGCCGCUCAUGAUCGUCAAGAAGCUCGUGCCAGAAUAGAUUUUGUCGUGGAAGAAAAGACGCAAGGAAAACUGGAUGCCAAUAUGAUAUGGUAUAAGAUUCUAGCUGUCAUGAAGCCUGGAGAGACAGUUGCUGGUGCUAUGAAACGAUUAGGAGCCAACAGUGCAAAACCCAAAGUAAUAAAAGCAGGAUGGAAGAACAAGAUAAAAAGUAAAUAUGCUGAAUCUCAGUCAUCGGAUGCUAUGCAGGUGGAUCAGCAGGCUGCUGAAGAGCAAAGCAAACAAGCUGUAAAUGAAUUGACAUCCUUGACUGAUCAACUCAUGGGAUUUGGAAACUUUGAUGUGUUUGAGCAACGAUAUGAGCAAAUAGUACGUAUUCUUCGUUUAGCAAACUUGAUCAAGGAAGAUUGGACCAAUGGAGACCCACUUCCACCAUUAUCACGGGCAGCAGCAUCAGAUGACGCUGAAUCAACUGAACUAUUUUGGGAAUACAAGAAUAGUGAAGAUACAAUGGAAGUUCGCGGCCCACAUACUGGCGAAGAAAUGGAUGAUCUCGUCAAAAGGAGGCAGGCUACAGAGGAAGGUCAAACUGGACCAUUAUGGAUUCGUAAAGUUACUCGUCAAACAUCAUUGGAUCCGUUUGUGGGAUUUUCAGUUAUGCCCAGUGGGUUUGAUUUUGUACAUGGUUGA